CUAGCCAAGUCCCGGGGAUUCGAUCAUACGGUAGUAGUCGCUCGGCAGUGGUCCAUUGCGCGUAAAAGACCUGCCAAGAUCCACGGUUACGGAUGUCACUUAGCUCGUUAUACGAUUCUAUCGUAUCAGUUCAGUGAUCCUGAAACGGUGCAUCGGUUACCCAGGGAUUCAGCUUAAAAUCCUGAUCGAAUCGGAGUUUGAUGAUCAAUGAUAAUUUAUACGGUGAUGAUACGUGGAGAAGUAGCUGUCGUAGGGAUGAAGGUCGCGGGAUGAUAGAGAAGAAAUCUUCCACGAUCUUCCUCGUGCCCAGAGGAAGGCUCUACAGGAAUUCUUAAAGCGACGUGUUGCACCAGAUCAACGAAUAAUGACGUUGGGGCAACGUAUAUCUGGGGCCGUCGCGGUCCUCAGGGGCACUUCGGAAGUUAAAGCUACCACAUCAACUUCCGACGAGAUCGAGAAGAUAACUACCGUGGACGAGGAGAAAGUUCGUCAACAGGCGUCGCCACUCGACAGACUGCAGGCAGUGGUUGACUGGAUGGGGGAGAACAUGCUUCUGAUCCUUACGAUUGCCAGCGUCUUGGUGGGUCUCAUCCUUGGAUUCCUUGGUCGGUUAAUCAAUCCAUCACCGCAGACCAUUACUCUUGUCAGUUUUCCCGGGGAACUUCUGAUGCGAUUAUUGAAGAUGUUCAUAUUACCGCUUAUUGUUUCUUCGCUUAUCGCCGGGAUGGCACAAUUGGACGCUAGAAGUUCAGGAAGAAUGGGGUUCAGGGCAUUAGCAUAUUACACAGUGACCACCAUUCUAGCUGCUAUAGUCGGUAUCCUGAUGGUGAUAAUGAUCCAUCCUGGUGAUCCUAGGAUCAAGAUCACUAUAAAUGCACCCAAGGCGGAGGACACUAAAGUUUCUACCUUGGAUGCUAUUCUUGACAUAGUUAGAAACAUGGUGCCGGAAAACUUGGUACAGGCGUGCUUCCAGCAGGCACAGACCGCUUACGUGAAGAAGAAGGUGAUAAUCGUAGGUAGCGCGAAUCAAAGCGAUUUCAUCCUGGAACCAACGUUGAUCUACAAGGACGGGACGAAUGUGAUGGGCAUGAUAGUGUUCUGUAUCACUUUCGGUCUUCUAGCGGGACAAAUUGGUUCUCGAGGAAAACUGAUGGUCGACUUCUUCGUGGUACUGAACGAAAUAAUCAUGCAGCUCGUCGGUAUCAUUGUGAUGUGGUACUCUCCGUUCGGAAUCAUGUGUCUGAUAGCUGGAAAGAUAAUGUCGAUCGCUAAUCUGGCAGCGACUGCACAAAUGUUGGGUCUGUAUAUGGUGACAGUUAUCCUGGGAUUAUUAAUUCACGCUGUAAUCACUCUGCCGGCGAUAUUUUGGUUUUUGACUCGACAAAAUCCAGCCGUCUUCUUCAAAGGUAUGAUGCAGGCUUGGGUUACAGCCUUGGGAACAGCGUCGAGUGCUGCAACUUUGCCAAUAACUUUCCGUUGCCUGGAAGAAAAUAAUAAAAUCGAUCCAAGAGUGACACGAUUUGUAGUAGCUGUAGGAGCUACGGUGAACAUGGAUGGAACGGCUCUCUACGAAGCCGUUGCUGCGAUUUUCAUUGCUCAAAUGAAUGGAAUCUCGUUGGGAAUAGGCGAAGUUAUAACAGUCAGUCUUACGGCCACCUUGGCGAGUAUAGGGGCAGCGAGUAUUCCCAGUGCCGCCCUGAUUACCAUGUUGAUCGUCCUUACUGCACUGGGUUUGCCCACUGACGAUGUUUCUUUAUUGUUUGCAGUCGAUUGGUUGUUGGAUCGAAUCAGGACUUCGAUAAACGUCUUGGGCGAUGGAUACGGAGCUGGAAUAGUUUAUCAUUUGAGCAAAAAGGAACUGGAUAAAAUGGAUCAAGAAAGGAAGCUAGAAGGCCUUGAAACUGGGACACCUCUGCAGGAUAUCUCGGAUAAUUGUCAGUGCGAAAGUACACCUGUCCCUGAGCAAAGUUCUGAAACAAAGAUUUAAUUCGUUGGAAUGUUAACCCCCUUCAAUUUCUCGAAUAACGAUAUAAUAGAAAAUUAUGCUCACUUCAGCGGUGACCAGAUUCAAUUGUUACGACGCGACGGCGCUUAACAAAAUUUAUCUCUUCACUGCCAAUAUAGUUUUUUUGGAGUCGCGAUUUGUAUAUUUAUUUGAUGUAUUGGAAUUUGAUGAAUUUUCUUUUUAAAUAACUGGUAAAAUAGUACAAAAAUUGCAAAAACAUGUGAGCAUGUCAAGUACAAAGCAAUAUAUGAUUAUCGAUCGUUCCUUCGAGUUAUAACAAGAAAUACAUUAUUUUAUGUACUGAUUUGAAAACGAUAUUGUACAAAGGAUUAAACGUAAGAAAUUUUAUUUUUGAAUUGAAAUGUUUAACUCGAUGCGAAAUAAAUAUGUUAUCGUUUAUUUACGUUCAUAGUUAAAUAAAGAAGGGAUUAAAGCGUUUCGUUAGAACAAUGCUUUAACCAAUUAACAAAUUUA